UGGGGCGCUGUCAGUUGGAGGCAAAGCUAGAGGAGAUGUAAAGGAACAGCAGAGGACGAUGGAGCUUCAAAUGAGUGAGAUGAGCCACCUGAACCUGCCGGAGAGGGAGAGGUCACGGAGUGCAUCCCCGGCCGACUCCCUCACAUCUUCGGCCACUGAUAUAUCCAUGCUUCCCAUCAGUGGCCGAAAUACACAUAAAAGAGAUGAUUACGGUCUAACAAGCCAUUUAGUGUUUGCCAUUGCUUCUGCAGCCCUUGGUUCAUCAUUCCAACAUGGGUACAACACUGGAGUUACAAAUAUUCCUCAAUUACUUAUACAAAAAUUCAUCAACGAUACUUAUUAUGAAAGGUUUGACACUCUUGCCGGAGAGGCGACAGUUACUUACAUCUUCUCCAUCCUUGUAUCCAUCUUCUGCGUGGGCGGCAUGGCUGGAGCUCUCAUGACUGCCUUUGUAGCUGAAAGGUUUGGUAGAAAAGGAGGUCUCUUACUAAAUAACGUCUUCGUUGUUUUAGCAGCAAUAUUUAUGGGUUCAUCAAAAUCAGCAGGCUCAUAUGAAAUGCUUAUUAUUGGACGUUUUUUUAUUGGAUUCAAUUCAGGUUUAAAUGCUGGUUUAGCACCCAUGUAUCUGGCAGAAAUAGCUCCACUCCAUUUAAAAGGAGCCGUAGGGACUGUGUAUCAGCUUGUAAUUACCAUAUCUAUUUUAGUUUCACAAGUCCUAGGCUUGCCACAAAUUUUAGGAACUGAAGAUCACUGGCCUUUUCUCUUGGCCAUGACAUUAGUGCCAUCCAUAUUCAUGUUGGUCACUCUACCAUUUUGUCCAGAAUCACCAAAAUAUAUUUUAAUUACUCAAGGAAGAGAUGUAUCUGCCCAAAAAGCUUUAACUUGGCUUCGAGGAACAAUAGAGGUUCAUGAUGAAAUGGAUGAAAUGAGAGCUGAAUACGAAGCCAUGAAACUUGUCCCAAAGGUUACUCUUCAUGAAAUGUGGCACAAUCCCGUUCUGCGGACUCCACUUCUCAUUUCUGUCAUGGUAAUGCUGGCUCAACAAUUUUCAGGUAUCAAUGCAGCCAUAUUUUUCUCGACCGACAUAUUUCUAAGUGCCGGAUUAACAGCGGAAAAAGCUUUGAAUGCCACAUUAGGAAUGGGCAGCAUUAAUGUAGUCAUGACUAUCGUAUCUCUUGUUCUAAUAGAACGAGCCGGAAGACGAACUCUUCUCCUGACUGGAUUAGCGGGCAUGAUGGUCAUGACUAUUCUCUUAACCAUAUGUUUAGCUUUUCAGAAAUCCGCACCAUGGCUAUCAUAUGUCAGCAUCAUUUGUGUGAUAACAUUUGUGAUAAUGUUUGCCAUUGGACCUGGUUCCAUUCCAUGGUUCCUGGUGACUGAAUUAUUCGGACAAGGAGCACGACCCAUCGCGACAAGCAUUGCUGUCACUGUAAACUGGAGUGCGAAUUUCAUAGUUGGUUUAGGAUUUUUACCAUUACAGAAUGUGAUGGGCGUGUACACCUUCUUAAUAUUUACGGCUCUCUUGGCUAUGUUCUGGAUGUUUACAUAUAAAUAUGUUCCUGAAACGAAAAACAAAACAGUUGAAGAAAUAACUGCUAUCUUCCGACAAAAGGCUUAUCAGUGAGAAUUCUGCAAACAAUGUAGCAGUCACAUAGAGAGUAUAUUCAAAUUAAAUCUAUCAAUGUCAUAUUAGAUAUUACUGUAUGUAUUCAUAGUGACUGAGAUUGGCAUUCAAAUGCUGAUCCAAACAAAUGUUUCACUUUAACUUAUAUCUCACAAGUUUUAUCUACUGUGUUAAAGUAAGACACAUUAUACUUACUUUUAAUUCGUGAUACUCAUUAUCCAUUAGUUCAUUAAAAUUCAAGUAAAAUAACUCACUGUUAUUGUUGUAAAACUCUUGAAAAUAUAUGUGGAUAAAAAUUGUGUAACGUGAUGUGAAAUGUGUAACAUGUUCGUUGCAUACUUAUAUAAAAAUCAAUGUUGAGUCAAUAAACUUAAUUGUUAGUUUUUAUUUUUA